CUCCGAGGCCCCGGACUGAAACGGUUAACGCAUGCGACAUGCAAAUGAGCCGAUAUUCGCGGAGAGAGCAGGGGGUUGGGUUUAAACGGUGUGCUGUGCAAGUAGUACUGUACGCUGACGGGCUUUGGUAAACGCCACAGCACUGCCAGUCCAGCGGGAAAAAAACCUUUCGGAGAAGUCGAAUGAGAGUGAGUCUUUGUGAACUGCAGCGAGCUUGCAAUCCGAACUGAUGAGAACGCGGACGAUGGCCAACCUGUCUGAAACCGCUGUCACUGGACGCUAUCUUAACUAAUGGAAUGUGCCCCAUUCAUGGUAGCCAAUGCUCUCUUGAUUGACCAUUUGGGUGGACAUUUUUGAGCGAGAGGACAUCAGCACUCCCAGAAUUUGCUGCAUAGAUCAAUUACUGACAUUACUCGCGCUGUGACGCCGGGAGCUUGUUCAGUAGCCCUGCAUGCGCCGGAGUGAAUGAAUGAAGCGGCAUUAUGUUCCUGAAUUUUUCUAAGAAUUGAGUGUAAUAUUACCUGUUUGGUCGUUGGUCAAGAGAAUCAUCUGACUUUGCAGUUGUGCCAAAAAGGAGCGUUUUUCGCGUGGAUAUAUUGAGAAUAAACCCAUCACGCGAAGAGGAAACGGAGAGACCACAUAAAUCGGCUGUGACCAGCAUGAAAAUAAGCCGCAUCCUCCUUUGAACCAAAAGAAACAUGUGAAGACCCUAGUGAAGGCUGGGAAUAAAAAGGAAAAGAAAAAAACAAGUAAACACAAAUAUCAACAAGUAAACAUCCCCCACCCAUCCGCCCACCCAGGGACGCCAGUUUCAGAGUACCCAAGAGGGAGGUACUCUUCCCCUCCUCCACCCCCUCCCCCCCUGUUGUUCAGUCACCUGACCCCUAGUUGGCCCCAGUGAAACAUGAAGGGCCCGAGGCAUUCGAAGAGGACUUUCCCACCACGCGGUCCCAAAACAGGUGCCCUGUGGCGUCGGAGCGUUUGGCUCCUGGUGACCGCGGCCCUGGUGACGGUGGCGGGCGGCCAGACGUCGACGGCGUUCACCAGCUUCCACCCCGAGCGUCGGGAGUGGGCCUUCGACCACCUGACGGUGCACCAGACGACCGGCGCGGUCUACAUCGGCGCCGUCAACCGCGUCUACAAGCUCUCGGGCAACCUGACACUGCUGGUGUCCCACGACACGGGCCCCGAGGACGACAACAAGGCCUGCUACCCGCCGCUCAUCGUCCAGCCCUGCUCCGAGCCGCUGGUCUCCACCAACAACGUCAACAAGCUGCUGCUCAUCGACUACUCCCAGAACCGGCUGCUGGCCUGCGGUAGCCUCUACCAGGGCGUGUGCAAGCUGCUCCGCCUGGACGACCUCUUCAUCUUGGUGGAGCCGUCGCACAAGAAGGAGCACUACAUGUCCAGCAUCAACCAGACGGGCACCAUGUACGGCGUCAUUGUGCCGUCCAAAGGCGAGGACGCCACGCUGUUCAUCGGCACGGCGGUGGACGGCAAGCAGGACUACUUCCCGACCAUCUCCAGCCGCAAGCUGCCGCGCGACCCCGAGUCGUCCGCCAUGCUGGACUAUGAGCUGCACACGGACUUCGUCUCGUCGCUCAUCAAGAUCCCGUCGGACACGCUGGCGCUGGUCUCGCACUUCGACAUCUACUACAUCUACGGCUUCGCCAGUGGCAACUUCGUCUACUUCCUGACCGUACAGCCCGAGACGGAGAGUAACAUGUCGCCCGGCGGCUCCUCGUCCGACCACUUCUACACCUCGCGCAUCGUGCGCCUCUGCAAGGACGACCGCAAGUUCCACUCGUACGUCUCGCUGCCCGUGGGCUGCGUGCGCAACGGCGUGGAGUACCGGCUCCUGCAGGCCGCCUACCUCGCCAAGCCUGGACGCGUGCUGGCCGCCGCGCUCAACAUCAGCGCCCAGGACGACGUGCUCUUUACCGUCUUCUCCAAGGGCCAGAAGCAGUACCACCGGCCUCCAGAUGAUUCGGCUCUCUGUGUCUUCAGCAUCCGCCACAUCAACGCUCGCAUCAAGGAGCGCCUGCAGUCCUGCUACCAGGGCGAGGGCAACCUGGAGCUCAACUGGCUGCUAGGGAAGGACGUGCCCUGCACCAAAGCGCCGGUGCCCAUCGACGACUCCUUCUGUGGCCUGGACAUCAACCAGCCCCUGGGCGGCUCCCAACUCGUGACUGGACACACACUCUACGAGGAGACCAGCGCUGGGGCCCGCUGUCACCUCCCUAAAGUCUACAAGCGGCUACUCGUGUGA